AGUGAACCACUCCACUUCUGCUCUCAUACCCUCUUCUCGUGUUCUUUCUCUACAGCUUCCGUGUUUUUUUCUCACUCUAACAUCAACCCUUUCUUCUGCUUCUGUUCCACUUAAGUUUUGGUUUUUCUUGCACCCCCCAUUCUUCUUCUUGCUUUGAUUUUUCACUUCUUGGGUUUUUCUUGCUCUCUUUCGUUGACUUUUUAGUCUUGGAAAUGGAUAACCAAGAUCAAAGAAGAACUCAAGCUCACACUGCAGGUUUCUUUUUCUUGUGCAUUUUCUCCUUAAAGGGCUGGUCUCAACUUCCCUUUUCUGCCUUUCCAUUUUUUUAUUGUUUCUCUUUCUGGGUUUUGUUGGUUUGGUGUUUUCUUGUGAAAAGUCUUUGUCUUUCUGGUGGGUUUUCUUGGGUGUCUGGUUUUGGGAAUUGUGUCUGCUUUUUUUUUUCUUUGAAGUUUCUCGAGGUGGAGGUUUUUAUUUAUCUGUUUUUUCUUCUUGUUGAAGGACAAGAGAGUCAUGGAGUUCAUCUAUGUCACAAAUGUGGAUGGCCCUUUCCGAAUCCACAUCCAAGCGCCAAACACAGGCGUGCUCACAAGAAGAUCUGUGGAACCGUGGAAGGUUACAAACUGUUUCUCUCCGAGGGGCAAACCCAUUUGAAUGGUUCAGAUGAUGAACAUGUUUCUGAUGAUGAUCACAAAACACCAGGUUUGGUUGUGUCAGGUCCAAAUUCCUUGGACACAGGCAAAAAUGAGAAGGGCAAUGAUGGAGUUGGAGAAAAGUUAAUUAGAUCAGAGGAUGAUGUGUUUUCAGAUGCAGUUGCAGACUUUUCGGAUAGCGGAUUAAGUCCAGAAAUUAAGGAACGUUUGCAAGAAGAUAGUUUGGACUCAGGUACUGAUGUGGAAAGAGUUGACAUAAAAGAACCAAAAUUUUCAGGGUCUUCUGGGGACAAAGAUUUUGAUGCUGGAGAUGUAAGCCAGUUAAUUGUCAAGUCAACUGAAGACUGCCAAACUCAAAAUCCUAAUAUUUUGCGAAGUGAAAGUGAUGACGAAAGAAACACAGUGGAGUUGCAAGGUCAGUUGUCAGGCCCUAUUGUGGAUUCAUUAUCAAAUACCAUUUCAGACUUGAGGUCUGAAGAUUUGAUUAUCGUGGAUAGUGAUGAGUCAAGUGACUCACCUCCCAUCAAAGCUGAAGCCAUGCCCGAUACAUUGCCAGUAAAAAAUAUCUAUUCUGGUCAAAAUGUGGUAGAUUGGAGUUUGAUAUCUGAUGCAAAGGAGACUAAUUUGAAAGAAAAGGAUGAGAUCAAUUCCAACAGAGGCAUGGUUGAAUCUGUGGAAUCAUUUGAUAAUGUUGUCGGUGAAAAAUGUGAAGGAGUGUCUGAAAUAGCAGUUAGUGAUGUAGUUUCCUGGGAUCAUCAAGUGGGUGAUAGAUCUGUUCAUCUAAAGGAAAAAGAUGGUGCCGAGAUUAAUUCCAGCAGAGAUGUAGUUGAAAUUGUGGAAUCGUCUUAUAAUGCUGUAGGUGUAACGUUUGAAGGAGUGUCUGAAAUAGCAGUUAGUGAUUUAGCUUCCUUGGAUCAUCAAUUCAGUGAUGGAGCUGUUAAUCUAAAGGAAAAGAAUGAUGCUGAGCUCCUUUCUUUAUUGCCCCAAGGUCUUCUGGAGUCAAAGUCAGUAGUAAUCACAACUCAUGAUGGUCAGGGAGACUUUGCACAUGUGGUACAGUUUGCUACUUCUGUAGAUGACAAGAUUUCACAGGGAAAAGAAGAGGGAAAUGUUAAUGUUGAUCCACUUCUCACAUGCGAUGAUAGAACUGAUGUAGCACAUCAUCAGAGUGAAUAUGGUGAUUUUGAUCACAAAGGAGUUGUAUCCCAAAAUCCUUUCAUAUACUCAUCUGAGUCAUCAAAACAUGAGGAAGAUGACUUUAAGGAUGCAGUUACUGAAGAAAAUAAUUUUCAUUUCAACACAAGCAAAUUGAGUGAAAAAAGUGACGUCCUUUCUCCAGAUAUGCAUGUUGUAGAUAGAAGUAGCAUGAAGAUGGAGCCCAACAGUGAGCUUUUGCCUGAAAUGCAUGCUGAGGAGUGCAUCACAGUUGAAAGUUAUCAAAGAUCAGAUGAAAUUGAUGCAUCUACUAAUGCUAUGAAAACUGAGAUUAAUGAGAAUCAUCAUAUGGUUCAUUUCUCUGAAGUGCACAGACCUGACAAUGUUUGUGAAGAUUCCCAACAGAUAAGUUUACCAGAAGGUAGUUUAAUGGCCUUAUCAAAUGAGAGUCAGAGGGAUGCAUUCUUUGGGUCUGCAAUCAGUGAAACAACUAAUGUAAUAAACAGAGACAACAUCAAUUCUCAUGAGAAAAACAGAAUUGAAAUAAAUGAUGUAGCUGUAGAUGGCAAAGUUGUAGAUGUUACUGUAGAGAAUGUUGAUAUUAUUUUGAAAGAUGUCCAACCUGGUGAAAUCAUGCAAUCAGAAGUCAAGCAAUCAGAUUACUUAUUUAAAAGUGAUGAUGCUGGUGAAAUUGGUAAAACUGAAAGAGAUAUUUCUGAUGCUCAAUAUACAGAAAUGGCUGCUGUGAAAGAUACUUCAUCGCCUAAAUCUUCUAGCAGUCAUUUGGAAGUCCCAGCUAUUUCAGAGGUUGGAAAUGAUGGGCUUGUAAGAAAGUCGAAUGUUACUGAGUGCACAAUUAUAAAUCCACUGUCAGGUGCCCAGGAAGACAUAAAAGAAGAUGAAAUCAGUGUUAAUAUCAAACUAAAUGAAGAAUAUAACAAAUUUGUUGAUACAUCUGCUGACUUGCAUCAAGCACAAGAUGCAGAACUAUCAGUGAAGGCUGCAGAACAUGUUACACGGAGUUAUACAUCAUCUCCUUUAAAUACCGUGCCUUCUACUCAACAUGAUUCUGCUGUGGAUAAUCCUGGUGGAGAGCCUGGCAGGGAAGUGUCUGGAAUUACUGCUGUGCCUGUCCAAGGUCAAACUGGUAAUAACUUGGAUAAACUUAGUUCAUCUGGAGUUGAUGUUUCAAUUGACUCUGGUAGCCGGUGUGACAGUUUGGAAGGCAACUGGGGUUCUGUUUCAGUUCUCUCAAUGCAAUCCGAUGCACCAGCUGUUAUUGAAGCUGAAACUUUACCAUCAAAUGGGUUGCUGGCAUCAACAGAAGAAGGGAAAUCAAACUUGAACAACCCAAAAUCCGCUGCACCUGAGAGACAGCCGUCUGGAAAAUCAGAAAUGUUUGAACCACCAUCUUUCAUGACAUUGGUUGAACCUAGGCAGGUUAGUCCAAAAGCUUCUGAAAUCGAGAAGGGACAAAGUCCACAACAGCCAGAUCCCACUUCACAGGCUGGUUGGUUUCCUACUCUGACUCAGGUUGUUAACGAGUCUCAAGGGAGAAAGAAAAAUGAAGAAAUAAUAGCCAAGGUGACGAACUGGAGCACCAGUAAGGAACACACUAAUCUGAAGAGCCUCUUGGGUGAGGCUGCUCAUAGCAACAAGCCAAAAUCUCCAAAGGGGGAAGAAAAAUCAAUGAAUCAGAAGAAUAGUAAAGUUCCUGAAAACAAUGGUUCUGGAUUGACAACUGUUAACUCCAUUCUUGGUCCUGAAUCCCCGGCAGCACAAACGGUAAAAGGAGAUGCCGCGAAAGAAUGGAACUCUCCAGCAAGAUAUCCUGCAGACAUCAAGAGAGAAAAAAGGAAAGUCAAGAGUAGACCAUAUUGGAUACAAUUGGUGUGCUGCACAUCAGUGGAUCAUCAGCGAAGGUAGAAAAUUUCUAGGUGGUGAUAGUGUUCUUCCCUUCCACUGCUCUCCACUAUGAUGGUUAUUGACAUGCUAUUUGCAGUAUUGUCUGUUUUUAGUUUGUCUUUAGGUGCAUAUUUUGAUCACGUGUCUUCUGUUACAUGUUCCUAGGAGUUUGGUUGUAUAUGUUGACCGUCUUCAGUUAUUAUUUUACCUGUGCAAUCUUUCUAAUGUCACGUGUCAUUAUUUUGUCCAAAGGGCAUGUGGCUGUUAAGUUCAGAAAAUAUUGUCAUUGCCUAAAGAUUGUCUCAGAAUAACUACCAAGUUUCUGUCUGGUGGAAUACUACUUACUGGCGAGUGGGAGUUUAUAUUCGCUGCUAACUAUUUCUUUAUUUGUUGCAAUCU